AUGACCCUCCUGCCCUUUCCUCCGGAGGAUUUCAGUGUUAACGCGGAUGUAAUCACCAUGGAUGAAUUUGUGGAUACCUUUACCGAAACUCUCAUCUCCUGGAGCAGCCGACCAACCGAGAGUCUUCACAGGAAUCGUCGAAGUGUCGUUUCGAAGCCCCAGUCGGAAUACGUGAAUAUCGACUGCAAUCUCACGUGUAGCGUUCAAACUACCGAGGCGACGCCUCAACGACGCAUCCUCGUGUGCAGACCAGGACACGCAGAAUCUCAACAAAACGGCAUUCUUGUGAGGACUACCUGUGUGGAACACAGAUCUGGCAGACUGCUUCACAUGAUACUCGCCGUCUCCGACGCUACUGUGGAUUUUCUUGAUAGCGACUUCGCCAGGAUUCUAGACGGCGCGCUACACUCGCUAACUCCAGAACCAGAAACAUUCUACCUCACCCUUGAGGUGCCUCUUGUCAACUUGCGUGACGGCGAUUUCACGGAGUUCUCGCCGAAGUUGCGGCGUCUGUCGGUCAACCUGGGCCACGCUGUGUCGGUGGACCGCAACGUCGUGGAAGCCCUCUCCUUGGAGUCGUUGUCGUUCGAGGGAUGCGAGUUCAAGGGGACUCGAGUCUUCCAGAAUGAGUCGAACAUGUGUGACGUCAGUCUGCUUUACACCUGUCCCAAACUGGGCGAAAUCAGUCUGGCCUCGGAUCGGACGGCUUGGAAGAAGCAGUGUCCGCAGAGGCCCGACAAUUGUCGUUUCAGACAGCAACUUGAUGCCCAGCCAACUUGCAACUGUGGCGACUACAAAUCGCUGGCAGAGACCUACCGAGAAGCCGAACUUGCACCCCCUGACGCUGGAAUGCAACUUAGUUUGGAUUAUAAGCACCUCUUUCUUCUCUCACUGGCCACAAAUUUUGUGCUGAGCUGUAUACUACUUAUUAUCUGCUUGUUCACAUUGACAUUCUAUGUACAAAAUUGCCGACGGCCGAGUGCUGAGACGUUUGUGCAGCGCAGUUCCGGUCACCUUCGUUACUGA